AUGGCCUUUCAGGAGCUGUUGGACAAAGCAGGAGGACAGGGGAGAUUCCAAAUCCUUCAGAUUAUUUUCCUUUUAACAUCCCUUGGAGCAGCACACAUUCACAGUCUGCUGGAGAACUUCACUGCAGCUGUCCCUGGUCAUCGCUGCUGGGUUCAUGUUCUGGACAAUGACACAGUCUCUGCUAAUGGCACUGAGAGCCUGAACUCAGACGUCCUUCUCAGAAUCUCCAUCCCACUGGACUCAAACCUGAGGCCAGAGAAGUGUCGUCGUUUCCUCCAUCCCCAGUGGCAGUUCUUUCAGCUUAAUAGGACUUUCCCCAACAUGAGUGAGCCAGACACAGAGCCCUGUGUGGAUGGCUGGGUGUAUGACCGAAGCAUCUUCCCCUCCACCAUUGUGAAUGAGUGGCACUUGGUAUGUGGAUCCCAGAGUUUAAAAUCAGUGUCUCAAUUCAUUUUCAUGAUUGGAGGGCUGAUGGGAAGUCUCAUAUUUGGCCAUCUCUCUGACAGGUUUGGGCGGAGGUUGGUGCUCAGAUGGUGUAUCCUCCAAAUGGCUGUCUUUGGGACUUGUGCGGCCUUUGCUCCCACCUUCCUCAUUUACUGCUCACUGCGCUUCUUGACUGGCUGUUCUUCCGUGGGUGUCGUGAUCUGCAGUGGCUUGCUCAUGUCAGAGUGGACAGUGACCAAAUCCAAAGCCAUGGUACCAACACUGGCAAAUUGUGCCUCUAGUACUGGACAGAUAAUCCUAGGAGGCCUGGCUUUUGCUAUUCAAGAGUGGCGCACACUCCAGCUGGUGGUAUCUGUGCCCUUCUUUGUCUUCAUACUGCUCUCAAGGUGGCUGGUGGAUUCUGCUCGGUGGCUGAUUGUUAAUGACAAACCAGAUGAGGGCUUAAAGGAACUUAGAAAAGCUGCGUGCAUAAAUGGAAUAAAGAAUGCUGGAGAAAUCCUCACCAUGGAGGUUUUGAGACUCACCAUGCGAGAGGAUUUGGAUGCAGCACAGACCAAAACUUCUGUGUAUGACUUGUUCCGCACACCCAACCUGCGUAAAAGAAUGUGCAUCCUUUUCAUUAUGAGGUAG